AUGUCUCUUGUUCCUAAAAUGGAAGAGGUCACUGAGUUCAUUUUUCGCAAUAAUGUCAACUUAGCGUUUAUAUCAGAGACAUGGUUGAAAGAUGUUGUAUCGGACGGUGUGGUGCAUAUUCCAGGGUAUGCUGUGGUUCGCAAGGAUAGAAAAACAAUCGACCAUGGAGGAGUAUGUGCCUAUAUCAGACAGGAGUAUUGCAAAUACAAGCAUUUAAGCGAUUUAAACUGCUGCGAAGAUCACGAGACUCUGUGGCUUUAUCUAAGGCCAAACCGGCUCCCCCGCGGGUUUUCAUGUAUUAUAGCGGCUGUCAUAUACCACCCGCCAAAGGCUGAUGACACGUACCUACGCGAACACUUGUUCCAAUCGCUCGCCUUAGUGGAAGCACGCUACCCGAACUGUGGUCUCUUGGUAACCGGAGAUUUCAAUCGCUUAAACAUCAAUGGCUUGUUAAACCACUUCCGGCUUAAACAGAUUGUGAAAGUACCGACGAGGAAGAAAGCAACCCUAGACCUAAUAUUGACCAACAUGUAUGAGUACUAUAGCCCGCCACAGGCAUAUCCACCGUUUGGCUUGUCUGAUCACAACGUUGCAGCGAACCAAAGAAAUUGGUGUUUCUAA